AGUGUCAGUCACUUGCUCAACUUGCCUCUCUCUCCCAGAGUUCUUGAAUCUGGAAAAUCUUCAUCAUGGCAACCAAGAUGGUGGUUCAACAGCCCAAGCCAUUGGUAGUGGCUGCAGCAUCAGACCAGUGGAGCACCAGCAUCUGCGAAUGCGACAACGUCAAUGAAUGUUGUUUCUCUGUGUGGUGUUUCCCUUGCUUUGCCUGCAUUACAGCCAGAGACCACGGAGAAUGUCUGUGUCUCCCUCUCCUGGACAGCUGUGGGUGUAUUCCCCCAGUCACUCUCUCCAUGAGGGUUUCCACACGCCGACGUUACGGUAUCACGGACUCUAUCUGCAAUGACUGUGUGUACUCUUUCUUCUGCGGACCAUGCUCAUGGUGUCAGAUCAGACGGGAGAUGAAGGCAAGACUCCAUCCUGUCACUCUGUUCAACAACAGGCCUACCUAAAGAUCGCCGCCAUCUUCCUCACCUUCAUUAUCAUUUUCACAGUACAUUCUCUUAAGCACUCUUUGUCCUUAUCGGAUCCUAGACGAAAAACAAAGACUUGCUUGUCCUGUGGUUGUAAUCACAGUUCUUGAUCUUCCUCCCACAUGCACUGACCUGAGAUCAGCCCUUCGGCAUGGCACAGUAGUGGAAUGUGUUUUGCAUAUUGGUGGUGUACAGCUUUAAUCCAUGAAGUGAAGAAUUCUGAAGAAUGGAUUCUCCUAAGAAAUACUCAGACUUGGGAUUUUAAUGUUGCGUCAUGUUUAGUGUCACAAUUUUAUUAUAGAUUGUUUUAAUCUAAUAUGAUUUUCACUGUAGUUAGAAAGUUGUUAUUGAGCCAUUGAUAUGUGACACUGGAGGUUUGAUAAUACUAAAAGAUGUUUUAGUGUGUUCUUUUGCAGACCUGUUAAUGAUUGAAUGUCGAAAAUACAAAAAUUUGUUGGGACACUCAAUAAAGCUGAUCAAAAACA